UCCUGGCAGCAGAGGGGGCGGUCCGGCUCCCCGAGGCUGUUGCGGAACUCCCCCGGGGUCUCCGGGAAGAGGCGCGGGCUGACCGAUGUGCGUGAGGAGGUGCCUGGUGGGCCUCACUUUUUGUACCUGCUACCUGGCUUCUUACCUCACGAACAAGUAUGUCCUGUCUGUCUUGAAAUUUACCUACCCUACAUUAUUCCAAGGGUGGCAGACGUUAAUUGGUGGACUUCUGCUUCAUGUGUCAUGGAAACUGGGCUGGGCUGAGAUCAACAGCAGUUCAAGAUCUGAUGUUUCGACUUGGCUUCCUGCUUCGGUGCUGUUUGUGGGUAUAAUCUAUGCUGGUUCCAGAGCAUUAUCCAAACUGGCCAUUCCUGUGUUUCUCACUUUGCAUAAUGUAGCUGAAGUUAUCCUCUGUGGGCACCAGAAGUGUUUUCGGAAAGAGAAAACUUCUCCUGCAAAGAUCUGUAGUGCUCUCUUCCUCCUGGCUGCCGCAGGAUGCCUACCCUUCAAUGACCCCCAGUUUGAUCCCGGUGGAUAUUUCUGGGCUGUAAUUCACUUAUUCUGCGUAGUCUACUUGGUCUUCUCUAAAAAUGGUGAGAAGAGAUCCAGAAGUUUGUGUCAGAAACACUGUCCUUCAGCAGCAUACCCAAAGAAAUGGGCUUACAAGAUAUUGCAGAAGGCCCGGAAACCCAAUGCGUUAAGUGACAUUGACCAGCAGUACUUAAACUAUACCUUCAGAGCGGGCAGAAAUGUAUGUUGCUGUGCUCUCAGUGCUGGGAAGACUUCCUCACUGCUCUGCUGUUCCAUUUGCAGCGUGGUGCUCCUGGCACUCGCGUCUCAUCCCACAGGUGAUCUCUUCAGUGUCCUGGACUUUCCAUUCCUAUAUUUCUACAGAUUCCAUGGCAGCUGUUGUGCCAGUGGAUUGUUAGGAUUCUUUCUCAUGCUCAGCACAGUGAAGCUGAAAAGCCUUAUGGCCCCAGGGCAGUGUGCAGCCUGGAUUUUCUUUGCUAAGGAGUUGGUCUAAAAGAGGUGAGAAGAUUCUGCUGGUAAGUUUCAGCCUCCAAUUGAUUCAUCCUUAUGAAGAUCUCUUAAGUGGAUAAGAAGCUUUGGGAAUUUUGACUGCCUAUCUUUCUGGCUGUUUUGCAAGAUCUCAGGAGCAUGGCCUAAUGUCUUUCUUUUUUCAAUGACAUGUUGACUUUCCUCUUGAUCAAGAUAUUGAACCAAGAAAGAGUCUUGGCUGUAUCAGUUUACUAGAUAAAAUUAAGCCUCUUUUAUGUAUAGGAUGAACUCGUAAACUUGUAAAAGCCUUGUCGGCAGAUGCUGUUAGGGUUCGAUGUUUGGAACUUUAAGAUGUCUCCAAGACUAUUGAUAAAACUCUUGCUGUUUCUGGUAGAAUUUUUUUUUAAGAAGGAGCAACUUAUUGUCUUUUAAAAUGGAAUCAUACAAAUUUUAUGUCUUCUAAAUAACAUAAUUUUUUACUCUCCACUUAAAUUAUUUAGAUGUAUUUGUACAGAAGUUUCAAGGCUUACUUUGAAUCAUAUCUUGAACUUCUGAGGAGGUGACAAGUGAACACAUCUUUCAAGUUUGGCAAUCAGACUUCUUAGGUUCAGUGUCUGGCAUGCACGUGUACACACACACACAAAGAACAGACUAUGGGAAAAUCCUGGGAGUAGAGUUAGGAUGCCCAUCACGUUUUGCUCUCACUCGGUCGUCUGUGCUGAACAGAGUGUUAAUUCUCUUCUUCCGUCUCCUUCCUACUCUGUAGCUACUAUUACCCCUCCCCCACCCCAGUUUUAUUGAGAUAAUUGACAUAUAACAUUGUAUUAGCUCAGGGUGCACCACGUCAUGAUUUGAUAUUUGUGUAUAUUGUGAAACGAUCACUGUAAUGAGUUCAGUUAACAUCCAUCACCUCACGGAGUUACAGCAAAGUCGGGAGAGCUUCAUGAAUUUGCAUGUCAUCCUUGUGCGGGGGCGUGGGGGAAGGGGGGUGGGGGCAUGCUAAUUGUCUCAGUAUCUUUCUAAUUUUAGUAUAUAUGCUGCCAGAGGGGGCACAAUUACUUCCUUGUCUUUAUUAUCCUCAUCAUUCUUGUCAUCCUCACUGUCUGUUGGGCGUGGAGAGCCCAUCACUGUCUUCCCACACUUCCUGCAUGGGCAAAAGGAAUCUGGAAAGAGGAGCCUCCCCCAUACCCCCCUCAGUUCACCGUUUGAAUUUCUUCCCUCUUCCCAGCCUAAGACUCCACUCCCUCUUCCCGUAACCUUGGAAAGCUCACUCGGAGGGAUCACUUUCUGUGUAGCUGUUAGUAUUCCUUGUGUCUUCUUCCUUCCGUGGUUAUUCAGCACCGUAAUGCAUUGGGAAUGGUCUGAUGAAAAUAAAUGAUUGAACCCAAUGAAACCAUGCUGUAAAGUGACUUUUAUGUCGAAAGAGUGUGCUUAAAAAUCUAAUUACGGCUAUGACCUAAUUAAAUCCUUUUUCACAGUUUAAGCAGCUAUGGCAAUGAGAAUAACUUUUCAUGGAAAAUUAAAACCUAGAGGCAGUACCUGAUUUCCUUUACAGUCUACUGGGCAACAAAAACAGCAUGUGGAUGUCUUUCCAUGACAUCACUGUCGCAGUGACAGGAACUUGAAGUGGCAAGUUCGGGAGCUGCCUUGUUAUUGUGAGCUGUAUGGAAACAGUCAGCAAAGAAGUUGGUUAUCUGGGAAUUCUUCGUUUAUGAAUAAGGUUUUCCCAGAGGGCACGUGGGAGGGGAAAGAAAUACAGUUGUGGAUUAAAGAAAAAAAUUAAAUUCCAUUUCCCAUUGUCAAAAUAAUUCAUAGGGAAGGGAGUGAUGCUAACGGACAUUUUGCUAUUUUGGAUAAGUUUGUUGUUUUCUUGUUUCCAGUUAUGCACUCCUAAUUCUUUUCUGGGCUAUUUUUAGUGCUAUUGACCAUCACAAUGUUCUCUGCUGCAAAAAUAUGAUAACAAUGCUGGCUUUCACAACUUCUGACUUGAAUGAAUUUGCAUCAGUUCAUUUACUAAGGAAAUACCCCGAAUUUCUAUAAAUUUCCUGGCUCCAAGGCUUAUAUGUCAUGUAGAAUAACUAAAAUUAAAGUGAUUUUUGCAACGCAAAGGCGAGUUGAUUGGGGACAUUUACAAGGCGCCUGUCAGAGGAUGCGGUGAUGUGUACUUAGUUCACCGUAGGCCAGUACUGCAUAAAUGAGUGCUGAGUGAGUGCCUCCAUGUGCUGAUCUUGUUGUACACGGCUUUACGGGUCUGUGCACUCACAUCAGACACAGAGGAAGGUGGAAUUCUGCAGGUAUCUCCUCAAGUACCUCCCCCGCCCCCAAUAAUGCUCUUACGAUGCACGAAUGUCUUUAUUGUUUCCUUCUAGAGACCCUCCCUCCCUAUCGCUAAAACUAGGUUCCGCAAGGUGUGGCCGAGCCCAGGGUCGUCGGCAAAGAGCUCCUCAGGCCCUGUCCGUGUCCAAGGCAAAGCAGAGGGCAGGCUGGGGCAGCAGUGAGUUGCCUGUGCCAGGGGAGAAUGCGCGGCCGUCGGCAGAGCUAAUGGAAGGAAACUUCUCUUGGAAAAUCCGAGGGAGCAGACGUUCAUUAUGGGAAAGCUGAGUUUUUUGUUUUUUGUUUUUUUUUUUCUAAAGAUUUUAUUUAUUU